AGGCUGCCUCUCAGAAGGAAGAACACAAUUUGACUGAGAGAGAACAAUUGUUUACGAAUUUCGCUUACAGUUGUGUUUCUCUGGGUGGUGUUUUCGCGCUGUCUAGCAAACUGUUCAGGAGAACAAAUCCAAGGCCAACAUUUGCCGCCAGUGUGGCGCGAUUGUUUAUUCAGCAAACGCGACGACACAGAGGCGCCAUCGAAACAUUCGAUAGUUCGAAGCGUGAGGUUCAGCCAUAUGUGCAUGUUGCACGUUUCGGUGGUAAAACUCUCCCAACUGUCGCGCUAAGACAUAAUUCACGAGUUGUUUCAUCGAUUAUCUAAACACCAGCGUGUGGCAGAUUCGAAGCAGACUACCAAACAGGCGCGCUAACAAGGGAAAUCUGACAAACCGGGCACCAAGAUGACGACCAUGGCUUCGUUGUUUUCCUUCACCCCUCCCGCCGUGAAAAGACUACUUGGCUGGAAGCAGGGCGACGAAGAAGAAAAGUGGGCUGAAAAGGCUAUUGAGUCUUUAGUCAAGAAGCUUAAGAAGAAGAAAGGUGCUCUCGAAGAGCUAGAAAAAGCGCUUUCAAACCCGGGCCAGCCUUCCAAAUGCGUUACCAUUACUCGCAGUUUAGACGGGCGCCUUCAGGUCUCUCACAGAAAAGGUUUGCCGCAUGUAAUAUACUGCCGCGUUUGGCGAUGGCCUGAUCUUCAAAGCCACCACGAGUUAAAGCCAUUGGAUUGCUGCGAGUAUGCCUUUGGGCUAAAACAGAAAGAAGUCUGUAUAAACCCUUAUCACUACAGACGAGUGGAAAGCCCCGUAUUACCACCAGUUCUGGUUCCGCGACAAAGCGAAUAUCCGAGGCCUCCACCUCCACUGCCAUCGCCAUUUCGAAGCGUCGAUGAUCCUCCUAUGCCCUACAAUGCUUCUUUUCCGUUCAAUCGGCAGAAUCAGCUGGAUCAUAGUCCAAACAGCUUUGACAUGCCAGAUACACCCACUGGUUACAUGUCUGAGGAUGGUGGGUCCCCUCGCCCUGUCGACCCUAAUGCCAUGGAUGUGGAUUCUGUCAACUCUCCACCUGCAGUGUCCCCCCAGACAGAUUUAACCCAUGUUACUCCAGUAAACUACCAGGAGCCAUCUUCAUGGUGUUCUAUCUCCUAUUAUGAGCUGAAUAACAGAGUUGGGGAGCAGUUUCAAGCCAACUGCACCAGUAUCAUUGUGGAUGGAUUCACUGAUCCUAACACUGCAAACUCAGAGAGAUUCUGUCUGGGUCUGUUAAGUAACGUCAAUCGUAACUCAACCAUUGAGAGCACCAGGCGGCACAUUGGAAAAGGCGUGCAUCUGUAUUACGUUGGUGGAGAAGUUUACGCUGAAUGCCUGAGUGAUUCUGCCAUUUUUGUUCAGAGUAGGAAUUGUAACCACAGUCAUCAGUUUCACCCUACAACAGUGUGUAAAAUCCCUUCAAGCUGCACACUGAAAAUUUUCAACAACCAGGAAUUUGCACAGUUGCUUUCGCAGUCGGUCAAUUAUGGUUAUGAGGCUGUGUACGAGUUGACCAAGAUGUGUUCGAUCCGUAUGAGUUUCGUCAAGGGCUGGGGAGCUGAGUAUCAUCGGCAAGAUGUUACUAGUACUCCAUGCUGGAUUGAAAUCCACCUUCAUGGUCCUCUUCAAUGGCUUGAUAAGGUGCUAAUUCAAAUGGGAUCGCCACGGAAUCCGAUAUCUUCAGUUUCAUAAGGGAGACUUCAGUGCAGCGAGGCUUAGUUUUUGUUGCAACAAUGCCAAUUUCAUUUGAGCUGAUUGAGAGGUUAUGGUUGACAAAGCAUUCUGUAAAGUCAGACAUUCAGGAUUUCAUGUUAAAAAGAAGUUUAUGUUCAUCUUCUGGCUAUUUUGGUAUGCAGAAAUGCACUGGGGGCUCUAAGAGACUUGCAGUUCGAUUUUAAAAACACUAUUUUAUAAAGUUAAGUUUACAUGUAAAAUGCAAGUGAAGUUCUAUGUAUUAUACCAUACAUGUGAAGUUGAAACAAAAUUAUUUUCUGAUUUGCCUACAGAAAUAUGGUUCUACUGUUGUAAUAUUACCCUAAUAUUGCUAUAGCAAAAUAUUUUUAGUUUUAAUAUUUGUCAGUGUGCAAUAAGCAUCUUAUUAAGUUUAUACACUCUUGACUGCUUGAGAUUUAAAGUGGUAUCAUUGUUAAGGAAACUGCUGGAGAAGAUGAGAAUGAAAAUCGCUUUCAAAUGCUCUUUAAGUGGACACACGACCAUGCUUUCAUGUUAGGUUGCAAAUUGGGUCAACAGAAGGUUAUUAUUCUUAACUGGUCAUUUUUGCUCAUGGAUGACGUAACAUCCAUGAGCUUAGGAGGCAGUCGCAUGGCGCUCGUUCAUUGUAGACAAAAUUUUGUUAUUAAAGGUUAAGGGUGAGUCAUAAGAUAGAUGAGGUACACCAGGAAUUGCCAUCCUUUGCAGUUUCAGCUCUAGUCAUUUUUACUUUUUUGCUAUUUAUGGCGUGUAUUAUUCCCUACUUAUUAAUUUGAAACAACAUUUCUUACUGAUUUGCCUACAGAUAUGUAUGAUUCUACUGUAAUAUUAUGACUCUAAUAUUGUUACUGGAAAAUAUUUCAUAUAUAUACAAGGGCCUAAGUUAACAAUUGAAGGGAAAACAGUGAAUUACCUACAACAUAAGGCUUAAGAGUACCUAGACUGAGGCCUUCCAAGUGGGGUAGCCAUGCUGCCAUGUUGCAUCCUUUCAUGCACCAAUGUGGCCUAACUAGCAGAAGCAAUUGUCGCUGUCAAUUUUCUGUAUGAAGUCAUAAGUCGGUGUCGCUACAAGGUUGAUUUUGUGAGAGUUUAUUCAAUGGAAAAGCACACAUAUUUCUGACAUUUACAGGCUUUACAAGAGUCCAAAAAUUCUAAAGGAGACAAUGGCGCUGUCCUUUCUAGUUUCGUCGUCCAAUUUUAGCAGUGCAUUUAAUUCGUUUGUUGCCAAUUAGCAAUUCCCACGCCGCUGGUUUUCAGGGUCAUGUUGCUUGUCAAUUUUACUCCUUCAAAGGCCUCUAGACUGUAUUCAUGUAUGGCUAACAACAUUUUUCUAGAAAAUUAAUACGUCUUCAAAUUUUGCCUGAGUAUAUUUUUGAGAAAUGUUUGUGUUUUAGUUUUAAAGGCUACAAAGUUUUGUCUUGUUCCACUCUGUGAUUUUAUUUUGUUUACAUAAAAGCAUGGCAAAGUUAACAAAUGAGUAUACUUCUUCGCUCCUCCCACUUCCGCCCUGUUUUUUUUUUUCCUGGUUGACAAUUUGAAAGGAGGAGGAGCUAUAAAAUGGUCAAAAAUGUUUUUGUAUGACUUAAAGAAAGUUAAGUGUGAGGCUACUUUUAUUAGUAUUGUUUUUCCUUUUGUAAAUUUUCCUUUGCUAUUCCUUUGGCUGCAAUUACAAUAUCAUUUUGCUGAUUUUUAGAAGCUUAAAUCUUCCCACUAGGUAAUGUUAAAGUGACUGAGUUUUGAAGAAAGUCAAAUAGUUUUUGAACAACACAUUGAUUCAAUAUUAGGAAGUUACUAUUUAACAAAGUUAUUGGAAAUAGUUAAUUCUGAUGUUAGUAAUAACUUAUUAUUGUUGGGAAUUUUAUCUGAAUGUAUUUGCUUGUAUCAUAGCUCAGUAGUUUUCUGAGACAGUUUUAAACCUAGUUAGCUAUUAGACAAUUUUAUUGGCUGCGUGUGUGAAUGUUAACGGUCCUUUAACUGCAAAAGUCUUCCAUGUUGAACAUCUUUAAGUUUUGUAGAUGAAAUCCCAUUGUCUAACUUAAUGGAAUCUUCUUAGUAGUUUGAUCAUUUGGUGCUGUUUGGUUUCUAAACUUGGACAAAAGCUCUUGUGAGUCCAAGGCUAAAUAUGGUGGCUAUAUUAUGAAUACAACCACUGUAGCAGAUUUUUCAGGUUAGACAUGAUUUUGGUAGAAAAACUGAAGACUUCGUGAAAAUAAGAAAAGACCUGGGCUUGGGACGUCAGAGUUUAAUUUCCUGUAGAUGUUUCUUGACAACCCUGCAAAUUGUGUAGUCAGUUUUUUUUUCCAGCAACAUUGCUUAUUUCUAAGUAGCUAGUAACAUUGGAUGGAACUAUUUAAAAGUGUGCAGUGUUAUUAAUGGCUUCUGUUACAUUUAUGCUGUAUAAACAAUGAAAUAGAGCUUCUUUUAUUUAGAGAGCAAUAACUAUUAGCAGGUGUUGCUAGUCUUUUAAGAGACAGUUUCAGUACUUUGUCAUUUGUGACUUCCACUAUUUGUUACUCUCUCAUCCUUUGAUAAAUAGCUAUAGGGUGUUAAGAAGAAUAACAAACACGAAGGCAGCUGCAAAUUCGUCUUACUUGCUUUCAUUUUCCUGUGAGUCUUCACGAUUUUCUGUUGCCUAUGUACUGAUGAUGUAGGACUUGUACCUAAUGACUGAUGCAAGCCACGCCCAUUUCAUUCACUUCUGUUAAUAGGUCAAUGUUUUUGUUGUUAGUGGUCCUUAGUUCACAAUAAAAUAUUAAUAACCAUG